AUGCUGAAAAGAACAACAAAGGUGCUGCUGGCAGCCUUAUCGUCGAACGGAUAUGCCGCCAGUACCGCAUCGCAGCUCCUCUCGAAGGGGUCGUCACGCGAUGUUGCGAAGCGCCACCUGGCGUCUGCAACACGAACCGGAAGCAGCUUGAGUUUGGCUGUAAAUGGGCUCAGGGCACCACAAUGGUCGUGCCAGCGCCGGCUAGGCACAGUGGCAACGCACGUGUUGACAUCCCGUGAGCGUUGCAGCCUCGGCUCUCUGCAACACGGCGACCUGGCUGGACACACCUCAAACACCAGUGGAAGGCGUUACUUCGCCGUGGGCACCUUCGUCAGAAACAAGGAACACCUCAACAUUGGUACCAUCGGACAUGUCGAUCACGGUAAAACCACGCUCACGGCCGCCCUUACCAAGGUAUGCGCCAUGGAUGGCCAUGGAGAAUACACCCCUUACGAAGCCAUAGACCGCGCGCCAGAGGAGCGGAAGCGAGGAAUCACCAUUAACUCGACGCAUGUAGAAUACGAAACCCAAAACAGGCACUACGGGCACGUGGACUGCCCCGGCCACGCAGACUACGUGAAGAACAUGAUUUCGGGCGCAGCACAAAUGGACGGCGCCAUCCUGGUCGUCUCCUGCGUAGAUGGGCCAAUGCCCCAAACCAAAGAGCACGUGCUGCUCGCCAAACAGAUCGGAGUGCCACGACUUGUUGUGUUCCUGAACAAGCUCGACAUGCUGGAAGACGCGGAGCUCUUGGAGCUGGUCGAGCUGGAGAUCAGGGAGCUCCUCAGUGAGUACGGAUACGAUGGAGACGCUACUCCGAUCAUCAAGGGAAGCGCAAUGAAGGCGCUGAACAGCACCGCCGAGGCAGACGUCAAGCCCAUACAGGAGCUCCUGCAGGCGUGCGACACCUACCUCCUGACCCCAGAGCGCAAGAGCGAUCUGCCGUUGCUAGUCGCCGUGGACGACGUUCUGGCCAUCCCCGGUAAGGGCACGGUCGUGACCGGCCGUGUGGAGCAGGGUAAGAUCAGGUGUGGCGACGCCAUCGAGGUUUGCGGAGGACCCAAGUCGGGCAAAAAGACCGUCUGCAUGGGCCUCGAAAUGUUCCGCAAGAGCCUCAGCGAAGGAAUCGCAGGAGACCAAGUCGGCGUGCUGCUGAAGGGUGUGAAACGUGACGAGGUGGAGCGAGGGUUCGUGCUCAUCCAGCCCGGCACGUACAAAUGCCACAGUGAAUUCGAUGCCGACCUUUACGUGCUCACUACCGAAGAGGGUGGAAGGAAACACCCUUUCGUCUCCAACUACAGGCCGCAGGCGUUCAUAAGGACAGGCGAUAUCUGCUGCUCCGUCCACCUGCUCGGUGACUUGGAGAUGGCAGCGCCGGGCGACAACGUCAGGUGUAACAUCAAGCUGCUGCAUCCGAUGCCUGUCCACGAUGGGUUGAGAUUCGCACUCAGAGAGGGCGGCAAAACCGUGGCAUCGGGACUCAUUACGAAGGUUUACUAA